UAAGACGUGUCCCCCCUGAAGUAAAAGCUUGCGCAAAUAAAGAUUUACCAGAUUUUUUUUUAUUUUUUUUUACUGUCAGUUGCGCCAAACUAACCAUGCUGAAAUACAAGUGCUGAACAGUGUUUCAUUUCUGUGAUUAAAAAAAAAAUCCAACCUUGUACAAUGGUCAGUAAGUCUCCCUCAUCACUAGUGGUGACCGUCAUCAUAGCGUUGCUGUCUCUCGGGGUGGGGCUAGUCAUUGGCUACCUACUCCGCCCGUUUCCAGAGAACAGCAAGGAACACAAGAGCUUGGAAGGAUGGAUUAAUGACGUGGAAGGUGCGGGAGAUGACAAACUGGCAGCCCUGGAGAUGCUUAGAGACUGUGGUCAGCUGGCAAGAGAAGAUCCUGUCAUUAGCAAACACUUGAUUGAAAGUGACGUAGAAGCCUGUAGGGCCUUGACUUGUGAUAUCCCAUACCCGCGAACCUACGUCAUAUACAAACUCAGGGGCGAAGCCAUCGACUUAGAUGGCAAAUUGGAUGAGAAGGCUUGGAAAAAUGUGGGAUGGACUGAUUCUUUUGUCGACAUUCAAGGCAGAGGAUUGCCGUCGCCUCGUUUGGAGACAAAAGUCAAAAUGAGAUACGAUGACAGCUUUUUGUUCAUUGGUGUGUUCAUUGAGGAGCCAGACAUUUGGGCAAAUGUCUCGUUGCAUGAUGGGACAGUUUAUCAAGACAAUUCGUUUCAGAUCCUUAUGGACACAAGACAGAGUAAUGUUAACUACAAAGAAAUAACAAUCAAUGCAAAGGGAAUAAUAUCAGAUUUAAUGAUGACAAAGGCCUAUGUAGAUAGUGGAGAGCCAUUAACUUUUUGGGAGAGUGAUGUCAUGUCAGAAGUUCAUAUACAAGGGACACUCAACAAUCCUAAAAAACAAGAUGAAUACUGGACUAUAGAGAUGGCCAUACCAUUCACUGCCAUGUACCAAGGUUCUGGUGCAUCACUCAACAGAUCAGCUCCUGAACCUGGAGAGACAUGGAGAGCUAAUUUUCUUAGAGCGCAAUGGCCAAUAAAAAAUUUUGGAACCUAUUAUGAAAAGUUGACAGAUGCCAGUACCGAAUGGUGGGUCUGGCAAUCACCAGAAGUUAUCAAUGUCCACUUACCAGAGAGGUGGGGCUUACUUCAGUUUCAAGAUACAGCAAUCAACAGCACACGUUUUCAGACAAGUGACAGGUGGAUAACAACUAACGCCUUGCUGGAUACCUUUGCUGCUUUAAAAGCAUUUCAUGCAGUGACUGGGAGGUACACAGACAAAAAAGAACUGCUUCACUUGCCUCCAUACAUUGUCUCUGGCAAGUGUUUAGCUGACCUCAGCAUUGAGCUAGAUUGGUCAGGGUUCAAAGUCACAGCAAAACCUCUUGGCAAAAACAAAGAGGAAGGUCACACAAGGACAGAUCACUUCCUAUGGUUCGGAAAGGAAGAUAUGCAGUAUUUCUAAAACUAUUUUAUUUAUUAUUACUUCUGAAUAAUUAGCCUCUAUGCACAGUUAUAAACACUGCUUUUCGUUUUUUAUGAAGACCAGCACAAACUUAGAAGCGUCAUCUAAAUGUCUUCUAACAGAGCUAAUUGUAUCUGUAUUGUCUGUGUAUAAUGUAAACAUUGCUAUAUUUGAUAACAUGUGUAGUAUUUAUGAUGUCAUUGAGGUGAUUUUUGUUUUGUAAAUAGAAAGAGACUGGUGUUGGAUGGAAAAGUACAUUGAUGAUGAAUGAUUUGAUUAAAGUGAAUGCACAACUUAAA